AAUAGCCUUGGUGAUGUUGUCUGGUCGAGAGGGCACCUUCAUAAUGCUACCCGUUCUCGACCACGGUGGUCGCCUGCGCGACUGUCUCGUGGACGAGUACAGGAGCAGGACCGCAUUGGCUUUUCAUCCUGAAUUCAGCUGCCCGCGGCGUCCCUUUUGAACCGUCGUUGAGCCUUUUCGAUCCAAGUCAAUCAUGACCAUGAGUUCCUCCGGCGCAGGACCGGCAACCUGUUCAUGUUCUCUUUCAUCUUCGUCGAAGCCCAAGGUCCCGAAGAAGUCCUCGCUGAAUGCGACAGACGUGUCCGUUUCCUUUGCGAGCGGGUUCGCCGCCUUAUCAAAUGCGAAAAUGUUUGAGUCUGGAAGAGUCAUGCUGUUUUUGCAUGACACAGAAGGUCUGGCAUGGAAGCUCUGGCAUCACAGGUUUCAAAAAGCUUCCGCAAUGCCGAAGCCGCAUGACAAAUUCCCCACUUUGGUGACAGAAAGUGGGCAGGUUUUGCUACCUAUGCAUGAGAGAUUUUUCUGUGUUCUCAAAUGCGCACUACAGGUCUGUACUCUUCCAGACCCAGAGAUAUUAAUUUGCAACCCAUACGCCGGGUUUCUGGUCAAAACCGCCACCGCACCCCUCUAUGCUCUGCAAAAGUAUCGUACUCGUUCUCGUACUAAUUGCAAUCAGGCAUGACAAAUCGUUUUCUUUUUCUUAGCCGAAUCACCAUUACAAACUGUAUUCUUCCUUCUGAGAAGAUUUGUAUUGCGAUUUAUACUGCUAGUACGAUGCUUUAGCUUUUGCAAUGCAUACCCUUUCGCGAAUGACCAUUCUCCUGCAGUGCAGCAGCGACCAGGAAAUAAUAGGAGGUCGUGGGGGAAAAGGAAAUGCAAACAGAGGAGCAUCUACUUCAAGUUCUUCGCCGGUGAAACUCAAGCCCUUUUUUCGAAAAAUUUCCUUCACCAACUACCACCUUUUCCGGCAAAUCGUCAAGGAAGAGGGGUGUGCGAGUUUUUGGAAGGGCAACUGGGCGUCGAUUCUGCAGAAGGGAAUCUCGAUAUCCUCAGUAAGAACGUCCCCACACCAGAGUCAAGAUGGGAUAUCUGCUAGACAAAUCAGCCAGCUGCAUUUUAUUCGCAUGACAAGUUUUUCCUCGUAUGUAGUGAGGUCACGAACGUUCUAUCCUAGUAGUGUCAUUCUGUUUGGCUAGUUCAGUUGUAGCGUCACAGAUCUAGUUUGUCAUGCUGAUUCUAGCAUCACAAAUCCGAAAACGCGACUAGAUGACGCUUCUCAUCGGGCUCCGCAUGAGAAACUUUUUUGGCAUGCAGAUUUGCAUUACAACUCUGGGGUGGGGACGUUUUUGCCCUGAAUACUCGACCGGAAUGAACUACGUGUUUUUCGAGGGUGCGAAGUACCUGCUCAAGCCGGUGCUUUGGCAAUCCGACACCGAGGUCGGCUUCGCCGCCCGAACCGUCGCGGGGUUUCUCGGCGGCGCCGGGAGCCUGCUCUUCGCCUACCCGUUUGAUGUGGUCAGGACAAGAUUAGCGGUGAACGGGAACAGCUUGACGGAGGUUCCUGGCUGCAAUAGUGGUGGUGGUGGUGGGUUGCAGCAGAAUCGAGGUAGCUUAAGUGCUAGCGGAGCUGCAAGAAGAAGCGGGAUGAAUUUGCUGACGCAACACAGUGUCAUUCUCCAUGCGUGGGCAAAGCUGGUGGAGCAAGAGGUACUUACUUACACACUUUGAUUUGUCUCGUCGCGGAGUAGUUGCACAAGCGUGGCGUCGUGCACGAACAGCGAAAGAAUUUUCAAAUUCGUUUAGAUAGGAAUCGACCAUCAACAUAAGAACAAUGUCACAGGGCUCUCUCCUCCGCGCGUACACCCGCGGACUCGCCUGCACCAUCGCCUGCCAGGGGCUGAACAUGGGGAUCGGGUUUGGUAUUUACGAAACGCUGAAUAUCGCAAGAAAAAAGCGUUGCAGUUACGCAUUGUGUUUCAGGCGAAGCAAGACAGACAAGCGCUGUCAUGCCGGAUAUGCCUAGGAGCCUUUUUUGUUCGUCCGCGUUUAUUUCCCGUAGGAUUUCUGCAUUGCAAGUUCUCCUUCUCUCUCUCACGAAAAGAAAUUCGUGUUGCUGAAUUGACAACAAAUCUGUCACUGGAACACUUUUUUCGUGUGAUACUGAAUGUCAAGACCUUACACGAGAACCAGACCCGCACGAAUCUCUUCAACUGUCUCUGGUGCGGGGCCAUCGCCGGCUUCUGGGCUUCGGUUUUGACGCACCCCCUGGAUCUCGUUCGGAGGCGGCAGCAGGUGGACAAUUUCAUGAUCAACAGUGGUAGUAAAGUAUCCUGUGCAAAAGUAUCGCACUCGUAGUAAUUGCAGUCGUGCAUUGCAAAUCUUCUUUCCAAGGUAAAACAGCAUGACAAAUUUCAUUUCUCAUGCUGAGCAAAUUUGUCAUGCGAUUUAUGCUAGUACGAUACUUUUGCAAUGCAUAUAAAGAAAUGCUGAACGAGAAGAAAAUGAACUUUGUACAGAUAGCGGUAAAGUUGUGGAGGUUGAACGGCUAUCAAAUGCAAAGAUGUCUGGGUCUGGAAAGUUGUGAUGCAGGUAACUGAAUAAUAAGGACACUGUAAUGCGCCGCCGUGCAUGACAAGUUUUUUCAUGCUUCUGUGUUGCGUAUUCCGCAUGAGAAACUGCGUGUUUGCAUGACAGGCUAGAGGAGCUCUUGGUUGCCACGCAAUACAGAUCCCAGAGUCAUGCCAGACUAGCAUGACAAAUCUCGCAAUCUCCCAGACCCAGACAUUUUUGCAUUUGAUAACGGCCUGCAGGCCUUGUACAGGGGCCUGGUGCCGGAACUGGUGAAAGUAGUGCCCGCGGUCGGCCUCAACUUCUACGUUUACGAAUACCUGCGCCAGGACGUGUUUAAAUGUACCAUUUUGCCAAGAUAGUAAGGAGAAUGGAAGCGGAGUGGCACCGACCGUGCCUGCUUUUGACGAAGGAAUGAAUUUUGCUCGGCCGGUCAGGAGGUCGCGACUUGUGUCAAAAAAGUUUCGACCACUGUGCUCGCUGUGAAGUACUAUGGGCAAGCGGAUGUACAUCUACGUUUUUUGUCUGCGAAACGAAACCAAGUCGCGCUGGCUAUAUUUUGUCUGGAAGAUGAAUAAAGAAAUACAAGAGUACGAAAAUAUCAUACUACUUGCGGAUCAUGUGGAGCCACUGGUCUCAGGUGGGUAAAUAAAGUUUGGAAGCGGCUUCGCG